UGAAAACUCGUCUUGCAAGUAAUUAUAUCAUAAAGUUUUGCAAGGCAGUUGAAAAGAGCUUUGAAAGGUACAAUGGCAUUCUUGGGGAAUAUGGAACAAAUCACAAGUCUGUUGAAAUACAACUUAUGAGAAAAUUUACUUCUGACCAAUUUUUGAAAGACAUGCCAUUGCCUAUAAUUUUUCAAGACAAAUUUAAACCUAUAUUUGAAAGGCUAUUUAAGAAACAGUCUGGUACUUUAAGCGAAAGUACAUGCAGUAUUCCUAGUGUUGAAGGCACAAACAGUAUGUUAUCCACAAUGCUACUCUCUGUUGGUCCUCUAAAGAAGGGUGUUUGGGCCUGCAAAAGUUCUCUGUAUAACUGCUCAAAGUCUUAUGCGAGAGACUGCCUUGACCUUGAAUUUUUGCCAUAUUUGAAGGAAACUUAUCAUACUCUUUUUGAUGAAGUUGAUGAUGCAUCAGUGACAGCCCAAUUUGAAAGAUUUUCAUCGUGCUCAUUCAAUGCAGAAACAUUAGGAUCUAGUGGAACAAUUGGCAAAAGGUCAUCAUUUAUCUUGGCAAGAUGGUGUAAGCUUGGAGGAAGAAUAGAUGCAAGUGGAGUACAUUUGAGACCUGGAGUUAUUCGUUACUUUCUUAAGCAAAAUGUCAAGGUUGCAGGGGAGUACAUAUCAUGUAUUUUUGCUGUUGUUCACUGGUUUAAGGAGCAUCCUGCAAAAAAUGAAAUUGGUCCACCAAUAGAAAUAUGGUGUCGAGACAUUUUUGAGAUUGAUGGACCUGCAAACUAUAUUCCUGUUCAAAGAAUCCAUCAAAAAUUUGUACCUGCUAUAGAAACUUUCAAACGUGAAAAAGUCCUUGUUGUUUGCCCAUUGCCUAAAAAAAUUCAAGUAUAGGUGUACUAAAGUUUACAUAAUGAUAAU